AAUUUUAAGUUUUAAAUUUGAGAUAACUGAGAUGUCACUUCGGGACUUCCAAUCUUCCUCUAGAGAAGAAGAAUGGCAGAAAGUAAGCAGAGAAUAGUAAUGAUUCCGUUCAUGGCGCAAGGCCAUAUAAUCCCUUUCCUAGCUUUAGCCCUUCAACUUCAGCAGAGAAAAGAUUAUAUGGUAACCUUUGUUAACACGCCUCUGAAUAUUCAGGAGCUAAGAUCAUCUUUGCCUCAGGACUCUUCUAUUCACCUCCUUGAAAUCCCCUUCAAUAGCUCUGAUUAUGGCCUUCCUCCCAAUACCGGAAACACCGACUCUCUUCCCUAUGAUCUCAUCGCAACUUUUCUUCAAUCUUCUCUAGCUCUCAAACCCGUUUUCAGGAAAUUAAUUUCUGAUCUUGUCCACGAAUCAUGUUGUCAGCCUCCACUGUGUAUCAUCACAGACAUGUUCUUUUCAUGGUGUGCAGAGAUUGCACCUGAGUUUGGAAUUUUCCAUGCGAUAUUUUGUGGAGGUGGUGGUUAUGGCUUUGCAUGUUUCAGCUCUUUGUGGCUGAACCUACCCCACCGGAACACAGACUCUGAGGAGUUCACGUUGCCAGAUUUCCCGGAGGCUUCUAAAUUUCAUGUAACCCAGCUAACAGAACUUCUAAGAAAGACUGAUGGUAAAGAUUCCAUUUCAGUGUUCCUAAGGAACAUGCUUGUUGGAUGGUAUAAUGCAGACAGGAUUUUGAUGAACACGGUGGAGGAGAUUGACAAGCUCGGAUUGAUGUAUUUCAGAAAAAAAAUUGGCCGACCAGUUUGGCCAAUUGGUCCAGCUCUAUUAUCCGCAAGAACCAGAGCUCGAGCAGGAAAAGAAACAGGAAUCGCGCCAGAGGUAUGUAAAAAAUGGCUUGAUACAAAACCGUUGAAUUCUGUUCUAUACAUAUCUUUUGGUUCGCAGAACACGGUAUCAGCAUCAAAUAUUAUGCAAUUAGCAAUGGCAUUGGUGGCUAGUGGCAAAAAUUUUAUUUGGGUUGUCAGACCGCCAUUCGGCUUCGACAUAAAUUCGGAAUUUAAAGCAAAAGAAUGGUUGCCCGAAGGUUAUGAAGAAAGAAUAAAAGAUUCAGGGAGAGGGUUACUAGUGCAAAAAUGGGCACCCCAGGUGGAAAUUCUGUCACAUAGGUCUGUUUCUGCAUUUUUGAGUCAUUGUGGAUGGAAUUCAGUGCUUGAAGCUCUUAGCUGUGGUGUUGCAAUAAUGGGAUGGCCACAGGCAGCCGAACAGUUCUACAAUGUCAAGCUUUUGGAAGAGAUUGGAGUUUGUGUGGAGGUUGGUAGAGGAAAAACCUGUGAAGUUAGACAUGAUGUUUUAGCAAGAAAGAUUGAAUUGGUGAUGAAUGAGACAGAGAAAGGAAUAGAAAUGAGAAGGAGAGUUUGUGAAGUGAGAGACAUGAUAAAAAAGGCCAUUAAAGCUGAGGAAGGAUGCAAGGGUUCUUCUGCUAAAGCGAUGGAUGAGUUCUUGAAUGCUGCGUUGCUUAUGAGAAAGGAGAGUAAUAAGAUGGGUACAAAUGGGGAAGGUUCAAAUUCAAAGCAGUUGUGUCCUUGCAGGGAUGGUGCUGGUGAACAGUAAAAUGCCACUGUUGUUGCGUUGUUGCCCACUUGUUCUUUGUUUUCGUCGUUGGAAAAGCAUUGAAAAAACGUAUGUUUUCCAUUGCAUUUUUCCAUUGCAUUUCAAAUCCAAAUCGGUUGGCAAUUAUUAUUUUCCUUCAGUCAAAUCUAGGUUUGCUUUGACAGCUAAA